UCAAACUCAUCUCCUCCCCUCACUCAAAAAUGGCAUCUUUCCACUUCUCCCUCCUCCCUCUCCUCCUCCUCCUCCUCCUCCUCCUCGCAAUACUAGCCGCCGCCGCCGCCUUCGAUGACUCCGACAUGUCGAUCAUCACCUACAACAACGACCACAACUUCAAAGGCAUCGAACGAAGCGAAGCAGAGCUCCGUCUCCUCUACAAUCAGUGGCUCUCGAAGCACAACAAGCAGUACAACGCUCUCGGCGAAAAAGAUCGCCGCUUUGAGAUCUUCAAGGACAACCUACGCUACAUCGACGAGCACAACACGGCGGCGGAUCGAGGCGAGCACUCGUUUAGGCUGGGGUUGAAUAAGUUCGCUGACUUGACGAACGAGGAGUAUAGAUCGAAGUAUCUUGGGACGAGGAGGAAGGAGAGGGUUAGGGUUAGGAGUGACAGGUAUAAGGUCAACGAGGGUGAGAGCUUGCCGGAGUCCGUUGACUGGAGGGAGAAAGGGGCAGUAGCUCCGAUGAAGGAUCAGGGGAGUUGUGGCAGUUGCUGGGCUUUCUCAGCGGUAGCUGCAGUUGAAGGGAUCAACCAGAUUGUGACUGGCGAUCUGAUUGUUCUAUCAGAACAAGAACUGGUUGACUGCGACACUUCAUACAAUGAGGGAUGCGAUGGUGGGCUUAUGGACUAUGCUUUUGAAUUUAUCAUCAACAAUGGUGGAAUUGACACCGAGAAGGAUUAUCCCUACAAAGAGAGGAAUGGGCUAUGCGAUCCCUACAGGAAAAACGCCAAGGUUGUAUCAAUUGACUCGUAUGAAGAUGUUCCAGAGAAUGACGAGAAUGCCUUGAAGAAGGCCGUUGCCAACCAGCCUGUUAGUAUUGCAAUUGAAUCAUCGGGAAGGGCAUUCCAACUUUAUCAAUCGGGCAUAUUCACCGGAAGAUGCGGCACUGAUCUAGACCACGGCGUCACAGCUGUAGGCUACGGCACCGAGAACGGCAAAGACUACUGGCUCGUCCGUAACUCCUGGGGCGAAUCCUGGGGAGAGGCUGGCUACAUCAAGCUCGAGCGCAACAUUGCUUCAAGUGUCGGCAAGUGUGGAAUUGCGAUCGAGCCUUCUUACCCCAUCAAGAAAGGCCCGAACCCACCCAACCCAGGCCCAUCCCCUCCUUCCCCUGUGAAGCCCCCCAGUGUUUGUGAUAGCUACUAUUCGUGCCCUGAUGGAAUGACGUGCUGCUGCGUGUUCGAGACUGGUCGUUCCUGUUUUGCUUGGGGAUGUUGUCCUCUUGAAGGAGCUACAUGCUGUGAGGAUCACUACAGCUGCUGCCCUCAUGACUAUCCCAUCUGCGAUGUUGGGGCUGGAACUUGUCUAACUAGCAAGAAAAAUCCUCUGGGAGUGAAGGCUCUUGCUCGUAUCCCAGCAAAACCUCACUGGGGUUUCUUAGAUGCAGAAAACAAGAAGCAGUGAUUUAUGUGUAAUAUGUACCAAGUGGGUGAGAAGAAAGCAGCUUAAAUUUGGACCAAGGUUUUUGUGAUAAUUAAACCUCACCCCUCUAUUGUAUUUACGUACCUAAACAGCAAUCCUUGCUUGUUUAUUUUAUAUGAUGAUGGUUAGUAGCUCUUGUACAUAGGUUUAAGUUUCACAGUUCGAUCUGUAAACCAAAAUGUUGGUGUUAUUGCAACUUUGCUCUUGUAACGUUUGUCGCUGGGGCUGUUAAAUCCGUGAAAUUUCCUUGAUUAUGCA